AUGGCUGGAGAAUUAAAUGAGGGAUGUGAGGAAAUUAGAGUCUUGCCAACAAGGAGUCCAGCUAACAAAUGUAAAUUCUCUUUCCACACAAUCAAAUCGCGUCUCCUCCGCGGAGAUAAGCUUAUCUCCGAGUCAGCCACUCCUGAUUAUGUCGGUUUAGUCGUGGAGGUUCUAUCUAGCGUUAAUAUAAAAGGUCAAUGCCGUCAAAAAGAUGGUUUCUUGUUCUUGACUUGCAGCAAUAUACCGGUGAAUUUCACGGCAGAUCCGGCUGGAAAUGUGAAUGGAUCGUUGCUUGGAUAUAUGAGGCCGUGUGAGUAUAUAUUCCGGGAGGAGUUUCCACUCACAUACUUUUAG